AUGGAUACUGUGGUAAUCUUCUCUAUAGGCAAUCCAGGGCCGGUAAACCGACACUCUGCUGGCCAUUUGAUGCUCCUGAAGUUGAUGGAGCAUUACGAUGCUUCUCCGUUGGUGAAAGGCGGCAAAGGCAAGUACUCUUCGUCCCAGGUGGGCGAAGGAAGUGUGAUCUUUGCCAAGUCCAACUGCUACAUGAAUGAGUCGGGCCAGGCACUCAAGGAUUUCACAGCCUCAGAGAGGCUCAGUCUGGAGUCUAUAAUCGUGGUGCUUUACGACGACUUCGAAAACAAGCUAGGCAAAGUGAAGUUGUCGCCAUUCAAGGCAAAGGAGUCGCACAACGGGCUCAAGAGCAUCUACCAAUUUUUGGGGCCAUCACGCUACGAAAACUGCUUCAAGUUGGGUGUGGGAAUCGGGCCCAAGCCAUCAAACGCUUCCCGAGACUCCAUGGCUUCGUGGGUGCUAUCGGCGUUCAAAAUGGACGAAAAACAGGUGCUAGUCACCGAUGGGGUGGAAUUGUUGGUGAUGUACCUCCAAGAGUUUCUCGAACGAGAUGGGCACAUACCCGACUUUAACAAGUUCAAUGCCCAUAUGACCAAGGUUUUCGCUGCUAGAUAG